ACUCCAGUACAGUAGGUGGCGGUAAUGCGCCGUUAACGGUGAAUCCCGACCGCCGUUAAAUCCACCGAAGAAGAACAGAAGCCUGAGAGAUCAACAACUUGUUUCUGGAAGGAGAGACGACGGCAUGCUAGACACGUUUUCAAAAAACCUACAUCGAGGGAUCGUGUAUUAUUAUUAUUAUUAUUAUUAGUGAAAAACCCGAGACAAACAGUCGAGAUGGUGUCUUAUAAGAGACUGAGCCCAGAGGAUGUCCAGUUCACCAACGCAGUUGCUUCAGAGGAGGCUCCUGUACGGGAGGAGGGGAAGGACCCAGAGGAGACAGACCGCCCCCUGCUGCCUCGGAGGCCCUCCUGUUCUGCCACCACGGCCCUCAUCUCCCUGGGCUCCCUGCUGCUCCUGGUCUGUGGCCUCUGGCUUCUGGUGACCAUCUUCUGGCUCCAAGCCCCCUCCAACAGCGUCCCCCACAGGGCCCCGCCGCCCAGGGGCUCCCCAGGGACGGGUGGGGGAGACGGGAGUAGAGCCCUACCAGAGCCCCAGGCUUGUGGAGUGGUCCCAGAGGCCUGGAGGUUUGACUGCUACCCAGAGAGAGGGGUGGUGGUGACCAGGGAGUUGUGUGAGGCGAGGAACUGUUGCUUCAUCCCUGCCUCCUCCUCCCCCCCUGCCCCGGGGAGGAACGGUGUUCCCUGGUGUUUCUACCCUCCUGGGUUUCCCUCCUACUCCCUGGUGUCUGUUAACGCCACAGACUUGGGUCAGACAGGAACUCUGGUGAAGAUGGUGAAGACCUACUACCCUAAAGACAUUCUGACCUUACAGCUGGAGCUCCUCUAUGAGACAGACAACAGGCUCCGAGUCAGGAUCACCGACCCGUCUGAGUCGCGGUUCGAGGUGCCAAUCGCCGUGCCCAAGGCCACAGAGAAGGCCUCUAAUCCCGCAUACUCUGUGGAGCUGUCCAAUGAGCCGUUUGGCAUCAUCGUUAAGAGAACUUCCACAGGAGCUGUGCUCCUCAACACCACGGUAGCACCUCUGUUCUACUGUGACCAGUUCCUCCAGCUGUCCAGCAGUCUGUCCAGUCAGUACAUCUAUGGGCUGGGAGAACACCGCUCCUCCUUCCUACACGACAUCCACUGGAACACCCUCACAAUGUGGGCUAGAGACGUGGCGCCCACGGAGCUGACUAACCUGUACGGGGUUCAUCCUUUCUACCUGGCGAUGGAUGAGGGAGGGACGGGGACAGCACAUGGAUUCUUCCUGCUCAACAGCAACGCGAUGGACGUGGUCCUCCAGCCGGGCCCUGCCAUCACCUGGCGUACCAUCGGUGGGAUCCUGGACUUCUACGUCUUUCUGGGUCCCGAUCCGGCCUCUGUGAUUGGACAGUAUUUGGAGGUCGUAGGUUACCCCGCCAUGCCGGUGUACUGGGCGCUGGGGUACCAUCUCUGUCGCUGGGGUUACGGAAGUAGCAAUGCCACCUGGGACGUCGUCAAGAACAUGAGGAACUAUGGAAUACCUCAGGAUGUGCAGUGGAAUGAUAUAGACUACAUGGACCGUUCUCUAGACUUCACCUUUGACCCCACGGCCUUCUCGACCCUGCCUGACAUGGUGAAAGACCUGCACAGCCACGGACAGCGCUACGUCAUGAUGCUGGACCCGGGUAUUAGCAGUGUCCAGCCAGAAGGAGGGUACUGGCCGUAUGACGAAGGUCUGAGGAGAGGAGUCUUCAUCAACCACACAGAUGGAAGCACACUCAUCGGGAAGGUGUGGCCAGGUCUGACAGCGUUCCCUGAUUUCUCUGAUGAUGUGACCCAUGAGUGGUGGUACGACAAUCUCAAGAGGUUCCACGACAAAGUUCCCUUCGACGGACUCUGGAUCGACAUGAACGAGCCAUCUAGCUUCGUGGACGGGUCGACCGUUGGCUGUCCUGACACCGAGCUGGAGAACCCUCCGUACACACCUGGUAUAUUAGGAGGGUUGUUGAGGGCUAAGACCCUGUGUGCCUCUGCUGUCCAGAAGACCUCGUCUCACUACAACAUGCACAGCCUGUAUGGACUUCUAGAAGCUAAGGCCUCGGCACGUGCCCUGAAGCGUAUGUUAGGGAAGAGAGCGUUUGUGAUCUCUCGCUCCACCUUCCCCAGUCAAGGCCAAUACUCUGGACACUGGCUAGGAGACAACAGGAGUCACUGGAAGGACAUGUACACCUCGAUAGCAGGUAUGUUAACCUUUAACCUCCUGGGUGUUCCCCUGGUGGGGGCUGAUAUCUGUGGCUUCAGUGAGCAGACUGAGGAGGAGCUGUGUGUCCGCUGGACUCAGCUAGGAGCCUUCUACCCUUUCACACGCAACCACAACUCUAUCGACCAGAAGCCUCAGGACCCCCCAGCGUUCAGCCCUCGAGCCCGUUCAGCCAUGAAACAGUCUCUGCUGCUCCGCUCCUCUCUGUUCCCUCUGCUCUACACGCUGUUCCACCGCGCACACACACACGGACACACUGUCGCUCGGCCUCUGCUGUUCGAGUUCCCCAAGGACGUGAGAACGUAUGGGAUAGACAGACAGUUCCUAUGGGGGAAGAGUUUGAUGGUGACACCAGUAUUAGAUCCAGGUGUGGACUAUGUUGUGGGCUACUUCCCUCAGGGUCUCUGGUACGACUACUACACGGGUGAUUCUAUCCGUAGUAAAGGAGAAGAGUUGAGGCUCAAGGCUCCUCUAGACCAUAUCAACCUUCACCUGAGAGAAGGAGCUGUCAUACCUACACAGCGUCCCAACACAACCCUGUUUGUGAGCAGUGGUCAGCCGCUCCACCUCGUGUCCAGUCUGUCUGAAGACGGCUCGGCCGGAGGAGAGCUAUUCUGGGACGACGGAGAGAGCAUCGACACCUUGGAGACAGACCAGUACGCUCACGUAGUGUUCACUGUGGUGAAGAACACGAUGACAUCGGAGGUGCUGCACGACCACGUGGAGGCUUCCUACAUCACCGUGGAAACAGCCUCCUUCUAUGGCGUGAAGGUGGAGCCUACCAGGGUUACGGUCAACUCCCACGAUGCUGCAUUCACCUACAGAGCCAAUCAGGUGUUGACUGUAACAGAUCUGGGACUGAAUCUCAGCCAGAACUUCACCAUCAGUUGGAUCUAACAGCUUUUCCCAAAACAAUGGGAAUUCCGACCUUUUGGAAUGUUUGAUGGUUUUUCCUUCCCUGACGGUCUCUACUGCUUUACGCCCCACGGCCGUGACCCAAAUGGCACCCUAUUCCCUAUAUAGUGUACUACCAGGGCUCAAAACACCCUCACUGUAGGACACACCAUAUGUUGCUCCGGGUGGGAUUGAAUCCUGACCUGAACCAUUAGAUACUAACCUAACCACUGAUCUAGGACCAGAUUACCCUCCUACAAUACUAACCUUAACCAUUAGAUACUAACCUAACCACUGAUCUAGGACCAGAUUACCCUCCUACAAUCCUAACCUGAACCAUUAGAUACUAACCUAACCACUGAUCUAGGACCAGAUUACCCUCCUACAAUCCUAACCUGAACCAUUAGAUACUAACCUAACCACUGAUCUAGGACCAGAUUACCCUCCUACAAUCCUAACCUGAACCAUUAGAUACUAACCUAGGACCAGAUUACCCUCCUACAAUCCUAACCUAAACUGAAUCACACUCAACAAGCCUCCUGGAGCGAGUUUCAUUUAUUUACCCAACAGAGGAUAUAGCUGGCUACAUCUAUGGGCUUUUCUGUUUUUCUGUCGUGCAGUAGCCUAUAUCAUAUAUGUAUUGGAUAACAGCACUAUAUUUUGGACUUUUUUGGGGCUUGGGCUCAUUAAAUGUAUUUUAAUGUAGGGCUCAUCAGGCUUGAAUUUUUUAAUCAAAGCUCUAAUCAAAUCCACAGGCCUGUUUUUAUGCUCUAUAAUGCUUUUGAAGGACCGUUCCAGUUUGGACUGGAAAUACCGGUUUAGUCGGUAGGAAAGUGAUUUAUUCUCAGGAUGGAACAUUUUGUAAAAUACUGUGAAGACAUUCACCCGUGAGCCAGAUGCAUUAGUUUGAAAGGCCUCCUGUGUAUUUUACUGGUUAGGUAGUAAAAUAUGAAGUCUAGUCGUUCUGCCACUGGUCGUUACUACAGUCAAGAGCCAACUUUUAUUUUGCUGUUUUCAUUUCUCAGAGGAAAGGUGAAGAUGUGCAAUUAAAAGGAGAGGAACUUUUCUUUCCCUCAGAACAAGACUAGAAUGGGGUGAGAUGGAUGUUUGUGUCUUUGGGGAGUUUCGUGAUAAUAAUCAGUGAUUUGUUGUUAUUGAUCCUGAUAUGUACAUAUUGUUGUUGACAAGCUUGUUUGCACUGAAUCAGGACAUAUUGAAGGUACAGGGAAGUGCCUUUACGAAUGAUCAAACUGUCUCUUCUACUGCUCUGUUUUAAAUCUGUUCUAGAAUGAUAGUUUCAGAGCACCUCUAGAACAGCUCAGUUUUAACUCUGUUCUAGAAUGAUAGUUUCAGAACACCUCUAGAACAGCUCAGUUUUAACUCUGUUCUAGAAUGAUAGUUUCAGAACACCUCUAGAACAGCUCAGUUUGAACUCUGUUCUAGAAUGAUAGUUUCAGAGCACCUCUAGAACAGCUCAGUUUUAACUCUGUUCUAGAAUGAUAGUUUCAGAACACUUCUAGAACAGCUCAGUUUUAACUGAUAGUUUCAGAACACCUCUAGAACAGCUCAGUUUUAACUGUUCUAGAAUGAUUGUUUCAGAACACCUCUAGAACAGCUCAGUUUUAACUCUGUUCUAGAAUGAUUGUUUCAGAACACCUCUAGAACUGCUCAGUUUUAACUCUGUUCUAGAAUGAUCGUUUCAGAAAACCUCUACACAUCUACAUUGUUCUAAAACUAGAAUUCUAGUUUCAGUUUGUUUUCUAACUGCUUUACUGUGACUCUAAAAACAGGGUCUUUCUCUCUAAAACAAUGAUAUUAAAGUAUUGUCAAGCUUUCUCAGACAUACAAUUGCCUUUGCUACAUAAUGAAUGAGCCUGGAUUGUAGUUUUUGACAUUUUGAAGCGUUAUGGAAACGCAACGUUUGCCCUUUUGAAAUUGAUUGGUUGAAAUGUUGUUUGACAAAUGUGUUUUAUUUGUCCUAUUCUAUUCAAGCGGUAUAAUGAAAACUGUGGAAGGGGAAGACUUGCCUUAUGUUGGCCGGUUCGGCCAGUUGGGUGUUUCUAUCUGGCAUGAAUAAUGACUGUUGAUGCUGUAAUGCCCGCCUCUCCAUUUCCAUUUGUGUUAUGUUGAACGGGGACGUGCUCAGACAGAUGCUCGUUUCUAAUGAUGACUUGAUUAAACAUGAAUCCUGA